AUGUUUAUAAUUCAUACAAAACUAAUUGCCUAAUUCGCUAAGAAACAAGCCCUCAAAUCAAUGUUUGCACCCAUUCAAAGGUCUCAACCCAUUAAAGAGAGUGAAGAAUUCAAGGAAGUCAAGAAACUCUUCUCCAAAAUCAACGACGAAGACAACAUCAAAUAAAGCAUCCUCGAGAGCUAUCAACCUUAACACAUCCUCAAACAAAUCGACACCAAUCUGACCAACUAUUUCCAAAAACGUGCUGUUGACAUCAAGUCCGUCAACUUCCUCUUAUAAGCUGUAGUUGCAUAAAAUAAAUUUGAUCAAAUUGAUGAAAUACAGCAAUUCAUGGACAAUCUCAAAAUUAAACCCAAUCAAUAAACAUACAUGUGCUUAAUCAAUGCAUAUGGUAAGUUCAGAAAUGUCGAGAAAGCUGAAGCUUAUUAUCACAUAGCACAAAAAUAAUUUGGAUCCUCCUUGCAUCUCUAUAAUACAUUGAUAAACGUGUAUUGCAAGAACCUCUAAUCUGAAAAUGCACUGAGAAUAUUUAAUGAUCUCAAAAGAGACGGAUUCGAGCCAGACAUCCCCAUCUACACAACCCUCAUUAACUCAUUCUAUAGAGUCAAACAAUGGAAGAAAUGCUGGGAUCUAUUUGAUGAGGCCAGAUUAGAAUCCCACUUGAAACCUGACGAAAACCUCAUUGGAUUGAUGAUCGAAAUCUGCGCAGAUACACACGAAGCUGAAAAGGCAAUCCAACUCCACGACUAAAUGAAUGACAUGGAAUUUAGAGACACUACCUACAUCUACAAUUCUAUCAUCAAAGCCUUGGGUUCAAGAAAAGAUUACGCCGAAAAAGCCUUGGAGUUCUAUCGAAAAAUGGUCCUGACAUCUGUUCAAAUAGAUUCCGAUACUAUUGUGUGCACUCUCAAGGCUUGUUCACAGUGUGGCGAUGUCAAAAUUGCUCACGAAGUCAUUAAACAAAUGAAAUAGUACUAAAUCACACCGAAUAAAUACAUCUACACUCAAAUUAUAAGAGUGUACAUUGGAGCAUGUUCCUUGCCAAAUUUAGAUAACAAAAUCGUUGAGGAAUACAUAAAAGAUGCUUGGAAGAUAUUUAAUGAAGCAGCAUCUAAAUAAAUGAUAUCUCAAAGAACUCUAAAUUCAAUGUGCGAAUUAAUGGUAGCAGCCAAUCGAUUACCUGAUCUUGAAGGUUAAGUUCUACCAUUGUUUGAUUAGUACUAAAUUCAAAAGGAUCAAUUCACUUAUGAAUAGAUUAUUAAAAUUUUGUUUAACGAAAAAAGACUAUUGGAUCUAUACAGAAUGUUUGAAAUUGUAAGUACUAAAAUGAAACCUACAUUCUAGAGUGUUUCGAAUUAUCUUGAUACUGCUAUUUUACUGGCAGAUGAAGAAAAAGUAGUUGAUGCGCUUGAAUGGUUCAAAAAAAUUGAAAGAUAACCUAAAUAUAAAUAAAUCAAGCAAUUAGGCACAAUGAAAAAUCUACCUUUAAGAAUUCAUGCUCUUUUGAAUGAGUAUGAUGCAAAAUUCGGAAAAGUUAGUGAUAGUGUGUAUAGAAUGGAAAAUAAUUAAAGAUCUGCAGCCAAAAAUGUAGGAUGA